UACUUUUUCUCCAUUUUCAUUCUGCUGCUUUUAUUUUGGCCGCGACUGUUGCAGUGCUGCAGAACGAAAAAGCGCGCGUUUUUUCGUCACAGCCGCGCGUGUUGUCAAACAUUUUGGUUAUAAAUAUUUUUAUUUGGGUCGAUAAAAUAUAAUGUUGGCGCCAAUUAAGCACUUAUUGGGGAAAUAUCGCAUUGUGCUGGCCAGUGGAUCGCCGCGGCGCCAGGAACUCGUGCGAAUGCUGGGUCUCAAUGCAGAGCUGUGUCCCUCCACCUUUGAGGAGAAUCUAAAUGUGGCGGACUAUAAGGAAUUCGCCGAAUAUAUAGAGGCAACUGCUCAGGGCAAAGCAGAGGAGGUUUUCCACCGCUUGCGCAACGCCGGUGGCGAAGGUUCCACCAAUCUUAUCGUCAUAGCUGCAGACACGAUGGUCACACUGGGCAAGGAGGUUUAUGGCAAGCCCAAGGAUGCGGCGGACGCUGUUCGCAUGCUGAACAAUCUCUCCGGCGCCUGCAAUCGCGUCUUCACAGGCGUUGUGCUCAGACACGAUAAAGGCGUGCGCACAUUUACGGACACGGCAGACGUCUAUUUUGGGGAGCUGACAGAGGCACAGAUACAAGACUACGUGGCCUCGGGAGAUCCACUUGAUAAAGCCGGUGCUUAUGGCGUGCAGGGUCCUGGUGGAGCCCUGAUACCACGCAUUGAUGGCGAUUUUUACACGGUUAUGGGUCUGCCUUUGCACCGCUUGUGCUUGGAGCUAAACAAACUCUUUCUGGAGGAUCUGAAAUGAGCAAUGUAAAUAUUGACAAGUUUCAAGACAACGCUCUUAUCAAUUUUUCCACUACAUUGUUGGCGUCGCUCGGACGUCAGUGAAUACGACACUUGAAGACACCAUUUGAUAAGACAGCGAAUGCGUCUAUUUAUCUUUAGCUUAAAGUUAAAACAGCCAACGAAUAUUAGAGAGAGUCCGCGCCCUAUUCAACAUCUUCGUGUUUAGGCAAAGCACAGUGGUGCGGCCUUUAGAAUUAAAUUUAAAGAUUUCAGAGACUAGUUUCCCAAGAAUCACACAGAAUUCAAUGCAGCUUUCUUGAAACCAUAUAAAAAAGAUUUAUUUCUUUCAAUUGCAUUUAAAUUAUUCGACAUUAUAAAAACUGCAAUUGAAAACUGAAAAUUAUUUAAAUUUUUCUGAAACCAAAACAAAUGUCGAGUUCCAAGUAAGUUCUUGUUCUGAAAACAUUGCUUUUAAAUAAAUCUCCUU